CAUGUGUUGUUGUUUUGUUUUAAAAUCUAUUUAUUACUUUUAGUUUUAGCUAGCUUACUAGCCAUAUAAAAAAGCCAUAUAAAAAGGCAGAGCAAAACUAUGGCAGAGCAAUCUUUGGAAGAAAAAAUGAAGCAGCUACUUACAUGCAGCAUCUGUUUACAAAGGUUAAGACAUCCUAAAACAUUAUCCUGCGAACAUUCGUUUUGUCAGAGAUGUCUACAGUUAAUUUUCAGAAAAAGUAAAGGGCAACUUGUUUGUCCUAGUUGUCGUACAAAACAAGAUCAGAUAACUCAAUUGACAGAUAUUGCAUGUUUGCACACUGGUUUGCAUUUAAGGCAAACAAUGGAUGUUUUUAGUGAAGAUUUAAAAGAAAAAGAGUCAAGUGAUGAGGAUGCAACGAAUUUCGAUGAGGCAGACACUGUUGAUGAUGAUGAUGAUAAUAUCGAUAAGAAAUUAAAACAGAAGGUUGAAAUUCCAGAACUGGAAAAAUUGUCACUCAAUAAAAAAUCUGUCAAUAAAAAAGUUGAUAAAAAUACCUUUCAUGACCUGGAUGGUGCAUGCUCUAAUCAUACCGAAACUGAUGAUGAUUAUGAAAGUGAAAUUGAGGAAGAUUUAGAUGAUGACUUAAAGAAGAAAGUUCGUGAAGUUUCAGAUAAUGAAUCAGAUGAUAACGUGUGUUCUGCAAAUCCCAUUGCCUGGCCUAAAAAAUCUAAGAAGCAUCAUCUUAAGAAAAAGAUUUUUAAAAGGAUUUCAAAGAGCCUGUUUAAGAAUCAUAUUGUGCAUGAUCUAAUGGAAGAAAGCCCUAGAAAGUACAAAGUCACUUCCAACGAAACUCCUUUAAGCGAAAAUAAAAAAACAGCCCCUGAAAAAAGCAUUCCCAUUGAGAGAGAAGAAGAAAGAGGCACAGGUAAAAUAAAACCUGAUGAUAAACAAGAGGUAAAAGAAGCUGAAAAAAUCUUGUCUUGUUCAUAUUGUAAAGAACAAGGUCAUGACACAAAAGAAUGUAAGGAACUUGUAAAGUUAAGACGGGCUGAAAGACAAAUAGCUUACACUGGAAGCUUAGCUGGGGUAAGUUAUGCUACAAGAGCAAAACUUAGCGCAUCUGCAUUAAGCAAAUUGAAGACUGGAGCUGUCGGUUAUAAUGCAGGUGGUUUAAGAACCAAGCGAAAUGUAACUUCAAAGAAAGUUCGAAAUUCUUCAUCGAGUAGAUCUCAAGGGCGUAGCCGUGGUAACAAACGUGGUUUUCUUGUUGUUUUUUAAUAUCGUGUCUUUUUUCGCUAAAGCGUCAUUUUAAAAGCGACUUAUACGGUAAACUUACCUUAACACAACUUAAAAAUUGUAAAUAUGUCCUGGUUGGAAAAAUGUAAUUAUAAAAUAUAUAUCUGGUUCUGUUUAAUAUUUUCAAUAACGAUCUAAGAAUUAAAAAUACAAUUUUGAAAGGACGCUGAACUGGGUGUUUAAUACCAAGCCUAGAGAAUGUGAAUUAUUAAAAUUUCAUCAAAGCUGAUAUGAAAUUUAUGAAUUGAAAUUUAAUGGAUGGUAUAUUAUGAAAAUAAUUUAUGCAAUUUUAAAAAAAAUCAUUCUUGAGAAAAUAUACUGAAACGCAGCAACAGGGAAAGAACGUGUUUUUGUAUUUAUUGUAAAUGUAAGUUUAUGUUCAGUUAUUUUCUUAUUUAAAACUUAUAGUAUAAAUCGGCUUUGUACUUUUACCAAUGUAUUUUUUAUCAGUUUUUUUAUUCGAAAAAAUAUAGUUUUAUAUCUUA